AACUUCGAAUACUCAAAUCUUCAAACAAAAAAAACACUUCAAAUUUCCAAUCAACAAACUCACUUCAACAAUGGCAUCAAACGAGCAAAACUUCAAAGCCGGAGAAGUCAAAGGCCGAACCGAAGAAAAAACCGGUCAAAUGAUGGGAAACGUCAAGGACAAAGCACAACAAGGAAAAGACAAGACUUCCGGCGCGGCUGGCUCGGCUUGGGACAAGACCAAGGAGUCAGCCGACCAGACCGGAAGUUACGUGUCCGAAAAAACCGGAGCGGCGCGCGACAAGAUGGGCCAGAUGGGCCAAGCCACGAAAGACAAGGCGUCGGAUGUGGCGCAGUCGACUAAGGAAACGGCGCAAGCCGGGACGGAGAAAACCGGGGGGAUAAUGCAACAAACCGGGGAGAAAGUGAAGGGUAUGGCGCAAGGAGCUGCGGAUGCGGUUAAGAGUACUUUUGGGAUGGGGGGAAAGGAUGAGGAUGAGGAGUUUGAGGGUGGUGUGGGUGGUGGUAGGACCACCAAGACUACCACCACCACCAGGAGGGUGGUUCCAUAGAUGUUAGUUAUGGUGGUUUGAUAAGUGGUGUGGUUUGAUUGUCUUUUGUUGUUUUUCUUUGUUUCAUGUUUUAGUUGUGGAUCGUGUCUUUUAGAAACAAACAUGAUCGAGGGGUGGUGUGUAUGUCUUGCCACCUUUGUGUUUUCAGAUCUACUUUAUAAUAAAUUUACACUGCUAUAAUAAAUUUAAUACUGCUGAUAAA